UUCAUGAAAGAGAAUAUCCGAUUUUACCUCUCAUAGUUGCCAUUACAAAAAUCAAAACCCUUAUACUCAAACCCCUUUGCCUCUGUCUUGGCGAAAGUUAUUCUCAGAUACUCUACUCUGAAACAUAGGUAAAUAAGAUACUACUCAUGGGAACAAAUGUUGAAGCUUCAAACCAGCCCAAUUCAUCUGAGGAUGCAAAUGUAAGCACUGUUGAGAAAAAACCUGCAGUUGUUUUUGUAUUAGGUGGCCCAGGCAGUGGAAAAGGUACACAAUGUGCAAACAUUGUCCAACAGUUUGGGUAUACUCACCUCAGUGCUGGUGAUCUCUUGCGAGCAGAAAUUGAAUCUGGUUCAGAAAAUGGUACAAUGAUUGAUAAUAUGAUCAACGAAGGACAAAUAGUUCCCUCAGAAGUAACAAUAAAGCUUCUGCAACGAGCAAUGGAGGAAAGUGGCAAUGACAAAUUUCUUAUUGAUGGUUUCCCUCGUAACGAGGAAAACCGUGCAUCAUUUGAGAAUUUGAUUAGAAUUGAACCAGAAUUCAUCUUAUUUUUUGUUUGCCCUGAGGAAGAGAUGGAGAGGCGUCUUCUUUGUAGGAACCAGGGAAGAAAAGAUGACAAUAUUGAAGCAAUAAGGAAGCGAUUUAAAGUUUUCUUGGAGUCUAGUCUUCCUGUGAUUUCUUAUUAUGAUGCGAUGGGCAAAGUGUUCAAGAUUAAUGCUGCGAGGCCUGUUGAAGAUGUCUUUGAGUCGGUCAAAUCAAUAUUUGACAAGGCUGAUUGAGUACGUGCACCCUUGACUUCAUGGUGGAAUUUUAAGAAGUAAAAGUUGGAUCGUGAAUGUAGAAGAAAAAACCGUCCCAUAUACUUUUCAGAUCAUGUAUUUCACUGCUUUGGCUUUUUACUCUGCUCCCCUAUUCAUCUGCUUUAUUAUAGAUUAUUAAUGGAUAAUUUUGUUUUUGGCAAAUAGUAGUAGAUAAAUUUAAAUUAUUCAAUGUAUAGUUCAUAGCUAGUCAAAGGAUACAUAUAAGAAAAGUAGUUAUUUUAUACGGUGAAUAACAAUUAAUGGUUGUUGUAUACUUGUAACUUUAACGUCUAGGUCCCAGGAAUCAUCACCCUUCUGUUUCAAAAGUUGUGUUACUGAAAGCCGAUUUAUGAAUGUUUCUUUAUUAUUUCCA